AUGCCGAGCGACAAGCCAUCAUCCUCAGAACGUUCCGUCCAAGGAAUCAAAUGGGUCAUUAUCGUCUCUGCUAUCCUUUCUAGCACCUUUCUCUUCGCCCUGGAUAACACUGUCGUCGCCAACGUCGAACCUGACAUCAUCGAGUCAUUCGGCGAAAUUGAGAAGAUGCCUUGGAUUGGCGCUGCCUUCAACUUGGGUGGCAUCGCAAUCCUGCCCUGGGGCAAGGCGUACGGCGUGUUCAAUGUGAAAUGGCUCUAUCUUCUCCAUGUCGUCCUAUUCGAAGCCGGGAGUGCGCUGUGCGGUGCCUCGCCGAACAUGAACGCUCUGAUCAUUGGGCGAGUCAUUGCGGGUGUGGGGGGCUCGGGCAUGUACGUGGGUUGUAUCACGUAUCUCGCGGUCACCACCACCGACAACGAACGACCGAUGUAUAUGGGCCUCCUGGGUCUGAUCUGGGGAGCCGGCACCGUCCUGGGACCGGUCGUGGGCGGUGCCUUUGCGGACAGCAGUGCGACCUGGCGAUGGGGCCUCUAUAUCAAUCUUGUCAUUGGGGCGAUCUUUGCCCCUGCCUACUGCUGGCUGCUUCCCAGCAUUGACUUCCAGCGAUCACUGUCCGUUCGGGACAAAUUCAAGCAGGUGGAUUUGCUCGGAAUCGCAGUGUUCCUUGGCGCCAUGGUUUCUUUCAUCAUGGCCAUCAGCUUUGGUGGCAAUGUCUACGCAUGGAACUCGCCUACCGAAAUCGCCCUCUGGGUGGUGGCAGCGGUCCUGUUCCCCCUCUUUGUGGCCACCCAGUGGUUUCACCCGUUUGUGGCCAAGGAAUAUCGGUUGUAUCCCUUGCACUUCACGCGCCGCCCAUUACUGGUCAACCUGCAAGUGCAGCUUUUUCUGCUGUCCGGGGUCAUGCUGGUUUCGGCCUAUGUGAUCCCACUGUUUUUCCAGUUUGUCCAGGGUGAUUCUUCCUUGCAUGCUGGUGUCCGCCUUUUACCAUAUAUCUGUAUGGCCGUGGUGUUUUCGCUCCUGAAUGGCGGCUUAAUGGUAAGGUCUGGUCAUUGUCUCCCUUGGUACAUCUUUGCCGGCAUGACCAUCACCAUCGGAGCGGCCCUGAUGACUCGGAUCACCGUCGGGUCCUCAGCCUCGGGGAUCUACGGCUUCACGGCGUUGAUCGGUAUAGGGGUCGGUGCGGCUGUCAAUGCGGGUUAUCCCAUCUCUCAGUCUCUCGUGGACCCCAACGAGGUCAGCAAUGUGGUUGGCUUCAUGAGCGUUGCCCAGUCCUUCGGCAUCACCACUUCGAUUGCCAUCUACGGCUCGAUCUACCAGAACCUUGCCGUCCGGUACGUGGGGGCUAUCUUGCCUGAAGCCUCGGCUGCCGAGAUCCGUACGGCGACCGCCGGCAUCUCGAGCUCCCUGUUCGAUUCUCUGUCGCCUGCGACCCGUCAGAAAGUGGUGGAGGCCAUUGUCAUGGCGGUGGCCAAGGUCUGGUAUCUGGUUCUAGCCUAUGGAGUGGUAUGCUUUGUCUUGUCGUUCGGACUCUGGGUACAGAAUAUCAAUGAUUCGUAG